GUUUCGAUAAACAUACUUCCAUACUCUCAGAGAAGUGCACCAUCGCAGUACUACAGGAACGGUGAAACAAGAUAACCAGAUCCGCCUCUGCACUGAUUGUAUUCUUCUAUGAAAUGGGGACCCCGCAAGAGCUAAAACUCUCAACUGCAUACAAAACAGUUCGACGUAAAUUUUAUCAGUCCAUUUUCAAGUGGUUCGCAGACGAUACUGUAAAUGAGGAGACAAAGUCAGCAAGCCCUCCAGAUGUUGGAGAUCUUGUGAAUAUACUGCGCUCAAUAGGUUUCAAACUUAGAGCGUUUGAUAAAUGUGAACACCGAAGAGAUUAUUCCAUGUCCACAUCCACCAGUAGUUUGAACUCUGCUGAAGGCCUGAAAAUUGCAGACUGUAGGGUGGAAAUUACCUGUGGUCAUUCAGGACUGAGAGCCAUUCUUGAAUCUGUGGAAGGUGAAUGCCGUUGUCCACCUAUAGAAAGUGCUACACAGGCAGAAUUCUGGCAAGUGAGUGGGAGUGCUCCAGUUGCUCUGGGAAGUCAGGAAUCCAUAGGUAGUGUGCAGGAAGCUGGGAGCUCUCUUGUGCCUCCAUUAGCUCCAGCAGUGGCUGCAGUGGUCAAGGAUAUCAUGCUCAGAGUUUUGAACAUCACUUGUGACCCUGAGUUUGGAGAAAUAGACACUUCAAGGCAUUCUCUGACUGGAAACAGCUAUCUAAACGUUUCACAUCAUCGAUCUCUUGACACACUUCCACUAGCACAUUCAACCGGACAGUUAUAUGGAUCUGAAACAGAAAUAGCUGAAUGUGCUGAGCAAACUAAGAAGUUACUUCCUCGGACAACAUCCAGUGUGGAAUUAUCAGCAUGCUCUGCGAGCCCUGUGUCCAGGAGUGGCAGUGCAGAUUUAAUUAAACAUCAUGAACCACGGGACAGCAAUGGAACUCCACAGCACUCUUCCAGCCCUAUGAGUAUUCUGUCUGCAUCUCUAGAGAGAAUCACUUUGACUGAGAAACAUGGAAUUUUCUGUCGCUUGGAAUUUGCGAAGCGCAGUAUCACUGAGGCCAUGGCUAUGUUACAAGUGCAGCCAUUAUCUGUAGAUACUACCCUUAACAAGUUGAGACCAGACAACACUUCAACUCCAUCUUCUCAAGUAAAAAUCAGCAGAAGUCUAAAGAAAAUCCAUGGAAGUCCUGCACAAACAAAGAAAAUAUCUGGAACUCCAGGAAGCGUACAGAAAAUGCCAAGUACUCCAGGAUGUGUAAAGAAAAUUCCUGACGCUACAGGAGACAAAAAGAAAAUGCCUUGCUCUUCAGGAUCCAUAAAGAAAAUAUCUGGAAUUCAAAAAGGUAUAAAUAAGACCUCUGCAAGUCCAGGAUCUGUCAGUCCACGGGUUCGAACACAAUCAAGCACCUCCGUUGCAUCUUCAAUAUCAGGCAGAGCUCAGUCUUCAUAUCCUCAAAGCAGAAAAUUGCCUGAUGGUCUACCAAAACCAAGGAUAAAAUCGUCUCCCCAGACAACAAAUAAGUUUGUGUCUUCUGGACUAGUGAGUACCACUAAGAAACUUACUGAUGUGCCUUCUUCAGAUGCUGUUUUUCAUACACCAAGCAAUCUUAGCACAGGAUCAUCAUCUGCAUCAUCAGCUUCUUCCACAAAGGCUCGGAAAUUUAUAAAUGCUGUAAGGAGGGUUUCCCGUAUAUCUUCUUCUGAUGGUACACCAAAUUCUAAACCCUCAUAAGGGAAAGCUGUUGUUCUGAGGGCACAAAUGCAGUCUAAAAAUACUUAUAAUAGGCUGUUUAUUGCCUAGCAGAUUCAUACAUGUAUAUAUCACAAAUUUAAUCAUGCAUCAUACUGUCUCCAAAAUCAUACUACUGAGGAACCUUAGUCAGCCUUAAAAAUACUAGCAGAACUCAUAACACAAUACCCCAGAUAUCAUCAAAAACAAUACAACACAGGUGAUUAAAAAUGUUUUAGCAGCCACAUGGUUAAUCCCUUCUUUUCAGCUCUGCCUGAUGGCCAAAAUGUAUUUCAUCACAUCUUUUCACUGUCAUAUAGUUGCUCCCUAUUGGAUAAUACCCGUUUCAUCCAAUUAUGGCUUCACCACAGACAAAUGGAACACUGCAAGAUCUACCUACAUAAGAGCUGCCAGCCCUGCACCCCUCAAAGCCUUUCACUCUGAAGAUGGUAAUUGCAACAGUUGCCAAAAUUUUGGAAAAACUACAACAUUCCACAUGUUACAUUCCUGACCUGAAGUCAUAUAUUCCUCUACAUCCACAAAGACCUUUGGACAAGAAUUUUAGAUACCUCUUUUCACCCUGUGCCAGAGGCAUAAAUAACUAAAACCAUCUUCAGCCCCAAAUAUAUGUGUACCAUGAUUUUUUUUUUCCAAGCAUUACCCUUAACCCUAUUAGUACAUAUGUUUUAACUGCUCCUUACGAAGUGUAACUCGCCAGUCGAAUGGCUUCAAACACAGUAGGAAGAUUAACUUGAGUUCACGUGCAUACUUGUUUUCAAUAUCAAUUGAGAGAUAUUAAAUAUAGGAAUGAACAGUGUACAUAAGUUAGCUUAACAAUAAAAAUUAAACAUACUUUUAUAACUUUCCACAAACCAAUAAUAAUAAAUUAUACAUAUUAUUUAUUGAACUUAUACAUAAUAAAGGAAGGAUCCAACUGCAUGCUAGUAAAUGAGAAUAAUUAAAGAAUCUUCACCAGAAGACAUAUGCAAAAUCAUUUGGGAAAAGCAAAAUUAUUAUAAAAAUUUGUUUCCUUGUCUCUACAGUGAGAUUAUAGCAAAUCAUCCUAAAUGAGAAUAGUUAAAAAAGAACUUUAACAGAAGAUUUUUGCAGAAAUAUUUUGGAACAGCAAAAUUAUUAAAGAAAUUUAUUUCCUUGUCUGUACAUUGAGAUCAUAUUAAAUCAUCCUGCUUUUCUGCCUUUUCGUAGAUCUCUACAAACAGAAGCCAACAUCUUUCUCUUCCCCUGUACAAGUAAGAAAAGAAAUUGUAACAUUUUUUAAUUUUUGUUACAGUAAUAACUUGUUUAAAAAAUUAUAACAUUUUAGUAUCCACUUAUAACAUGAUACUGAAAUGCAGAGAAAUCCUUCAGUGUUUUGACUGCAAACUUUUAUCUUAAAACAUGUAUUCACCAACUAGAAGUGAAAUGAUUCCAUGUGCUUAUAAAUUCAAAUGUAUGUAUGUAUCAUAAUAAAAUUUAAUUUCUCUAGUA